AUGUUUUCUCUGCCUCCUCGGAACAAAUCUCUCCAGCUGAUUAUGCUCUUCUUCUCCGAUGCCAGCAUCAUCUUCCCCAAGGUCGACCGUCCGUCUUUCAUCCAAAGGUACCACGACGCGAAGCGCAACGAGCAGAGUUUGUGGGAAGAUACGGAACCGAGCGCUGCCAAUCGGGAGUCUGUGCAAUCCUUGCUGCUCAUGACGCACUAUAAUCAAGGCGCCCAACAACCGGAGCGUGCGUGGAAUGCACACGGUCUUGCCGUUCGAACAGCCUACAAGAUCGGCUUGCAUUCCAAGGCAGCCUUGGCCGAUCUGAUGCGGUCCGAGAUGGAGGCGCUCAAACGCACAUGGCACGGCUGUGUGGUCCUGGAUCGGCUGCUCGCCAUGACCCUCGGCCGACCUGGCAAUUCCUCCUAA